UGAUAUUGUGGAACCGGAGGGAUGGGGAUAUUGACGGGUAGGGGGGAGGGUGUAGGGUUUGAUGGUUUUAAGUCCUGCUAGCAAAUGUAUCCCUUUUCCACCUUAUUUAGAUAACUGAAUGUUUACAUAUGUUUAGGACCUUAUAUAAAAACUAUCCAACGCGCUCAAAAGAUUAAAGAUUAAAGAUUUUGAUUGUUAAUAAUUUUAAAAAUUGACUUUAUUUUAAAAGCCACGAGUUGUUACAGACAAUGAUUCUAAGAAAUCAGUCAUGCGAACGUCAAGUUUAUAAGCUCGACCUCGCUUUCAGAACCUGCAAAGGGCGGCGUUUCAAUUCCGCCUCCAAACGAGCGUUCAGCAAACAGGCAGGCCUGGCUAGCGCUCAACUCCACCAUCGAAUGCACGAGGUGCUGUUCUUCGGAGGUCAUGGCGUUCAAAUACGCCGGUGCAGAACCUGCUGGAAUGACCACCGUAGACUCGGCAAGCCUGGCGCUCAUCACCGCCAUCGAACGCAAGUGGUGCAACUCCCCAGAGGUCAGGAGACAAACCUGGCGUUCACGCCGGUGCAGAACCUGCUGGACCAAUCAGCGUACAUGAUUAUUCGGUGUUAAAUUACGCCAAACUGACGCGCGCUGGAGGUCGGAACGACCACCGUAGAACCGGCAGGCCUGGCGCUCAACUCGACCAUCGAACGCACGAGGUGCUGUUCUUCGGAGGUCAUGGCGUUCAAAUACGCCGGUGCAGAACCUGCUGGAACGACCACUGUAGAACAGGCAGGCCUGGCGCUCAUCUCCGCCAUCGAACGCAAGUGGUGCAGCUCCCCAGAGGAUGGCCUGGCGUCAUCGAACAUCCCGAAAGCAUGCGGUGCAGUCCCCUUCCUCCCAGAGGUCAGCUGACAUUCAUCACCGCCGGACAAACAGAAAGAAAGGAAAUCAGACUUGAAAACGCAUUUUUACGUUGCCAGAUAAUAUUAGAAACUCAAUGUUUUUUUGUUGUUUUGUGUGUAUUGUAGGUGAUAAAGCGACAUUUAUCUUUGAAUAAAGCCUUAAAAUU